AACAGCCUCAAACCCGUCCUGUCCUGCUUCCAGGAUGGAUCUCCUGCAGAAGAGCAAAUACAACCACCUGCGCAACGACUCCCUCUCUUCCCUGGAAGAGGCCUCAGUGCUGGCGGCGGCGGAGGGGGACUCCCCGUCCUCUGAGCCCCUGGCGGCCGCCCCGUCCCUGCCCAGCUCCCUCUCCUCCUCCUCCCUCAGCCCCAUGCUCCCCCUGGGCGAGCUCUCCUCCGAGUCUGAGGACAGCCCCACCACCCUCUGCUCCUUCUUCCCCAAAAUGGCCAGCCUGAAACUCUCCAACCCCUCCGCCUUCCUCGGCCUCCGGCCCUUCUCCAAAGAGGCGGCCGGCGGUGGCGGCACCAACGGGGCCGGGGAGCCUCCCGCUGCCGCCGCCAUCCCCCCCAGCCCGGACUCAGCGGGGGCCGUUCCCGUCUAUUCCCAGGAUAUGAACAAGCUGGGCUGCGGCAAGAAGAUGCGGGUGGAAGGCGGACAGCUGGGCGGCGACGAGUGGACCCGGCACGGCAGCUUCGUCAACAAGCCCACCCGGGGGUGGCUGCACCCCGAUGACAAGGUGAUGGGCCCCGGAGUCUCCUACCUCGUCCGGUACAUGGGUUGCGUGGAAGUGCUCCAGUCGAUGAGGGCGCUGGACUUCAACACGAGGACUCAAGUCACGAGGGAGGCCAUCGGCUUGGUCUGUGAAGCAGUGCCCGGCGCCAAGGGAGCCAUCCGGCGGAGGAAGCCCUGCGGCCGCUCGCUCAACUCCAUCCUCGGCAAGAGCAACCUGAAGUUUGCCGCCAUGCCCAUCACGCUCACCAUCUCCACCAGCAGCCUCAACCUCAUGGCGUCCGACUGCAAGCAGAUCAUUGCCAAUCAUCACAUGCAGUCGAUUUCUUUUGCAUCCGGAGGGGAUCCGGACACAGCCGAGUACGUCGCCUACGUUGCCAAAGACCCUGUCAAUCACAGAGCCUGCCACAUCCUGGAGUGCCCAGAGGGGCUGGCUCAGGACGUCAUCAGCACCAUCGGGCAGGCGUUCGAAUUGCGCUUCAAGCAGUACCUCAAGAACCCUCCCAAGCUCGUCACGCCUCACGACAGGAUGGCCGGUUUCGACGGCUCCGCUUGGGACGAAGAAGAGGACCCGCCGCCCGAUCACCAGUACUAUAACGACUUCCCUGGGAAGGAGCCGCCCCUGGGAGGCGUGGUCGACAUGCGCUUAUGGGACGGAGCCGGGGCAGCCCAGACGCCCAACCACCUGGGGGCCACCCUGCCGGUAGGUCAGAUGGCCGGGGGGGACUGUGACGCCAGGAAGCCGCCCCCCAUGGCUCAAGGCAGGGACAGAUACCCCGCUGCUGCCGCCAGCCCGUCUGGGCGGACGGACCUGUUUGACGAUCCCUCCUACGUCAACGUGCAGAACCUGGAGAAGGCCCGGCAAGUCAGUCUGAGCACCGCCACCAACGGCAGUGUCCAGAGAGAUCUCUUUGAUAUGAAGCCAUUCGAGGACGCCCUGCGCGUGCCUCCCCCCGUGCCGCCGGCCCAGCUGGUGGCGUCCAUGGAGGAGCAGCUGCGCCGGGAGCCCUGGUACCACGGCCAGAUGAGCCGCAAAGAGGCCGAGAAGCUGCUGCAGGCCAACGGGGACUUCCUCGUGCGGGAGAGCACCACCACGCCGGGCCAGUACGUGUUGACCGGCCUGCAAGGGGGACAGCCCAAGCACCUGCUUCUCGUCGACCCCGAAGGAGUGGUCCGAACGAAGGACCACCGCUUCGAGAGCGUCAGCCACCUCAUCAGCUACCACAUGGACAAUCGGUUGCCGAUCAUCUCGGCGGGCAGCGAGCUCUGCCUGCAACAGCCUGUGGAGCGGAGGCCUUGAGACGCCAGGGGGCUGGGCGCACCCCACCCCCACCCUGUCUUCUCCUUCUGGCUGUUCCUCCCAGGCCAGCCCACCUUCCGCGGGGCCCCACUUCUCCGCCGGCCACACCGCACGGGCUCUCGCGCCCCGUCUCGCCAGGUGUCGCGGCUCCCGUCUGGACCGUCAGCAAGAGGGACACCAUUUCUGCCAAAGCGUCUCCCUCUUUCCCCGAACCGGAUCCCGGCCCCCGUUUGGUAGCGGAAAUCCGCCUGAUCGCUUUGACCCGCCCGUCACCGCUCACGGGAUUCUUCAUUUCUCACGAAAGAAAGUCCGGGAGUGAAACUGCCUUUCCCUCCCCUUCAUCGAAGCCCCUCCAGGGUGCUAGUCCUUAGUGAGGGUGCUGGAUUCCUUUUACUUCCUCGUCCCACCACCACUCUGAUUCCAUGCUCCCAACGUCCUGCCCCUCUGCCAGGUAGCCUUGGGAGGGCACACGGCCUGCUCCCGGUCCCCGAAGCGGCGGGACGGGAGCCGCCGAUUCCUUCCGCAAGGGGUGCGCCCCGUCGAAUCUUCCUCCCUGCGGACCCAGCCAUGCCAAAGUCCCUCAUCGUAUCUGGGGUGGGGGGAGCAGAGGCCGCCGACCCUCAAAAGCACAAAAAGAGGGCCCGCCGCCCUGCUCUCAAACGCGUAACCCCCCCACCCCCCCCCUUUGACAUAUUAACUCUGUGUGCCUUGACCCUUUUACAGGUCUGAGAUUUUAUGCAAAGCCCCCCCCGUGCUCUGGUGGCACAAACCUCACCUGUUCUUUUUUUUGGGGGGGGG